AUGAGUCGCAAAGACCCCAUAAAUGAGAGUAGUGUACGCGAACACGCAUUUUUUAAUCAAUUAAUUAUGUGUGACAAUAUUCAUUUUUGUAAAACUCAGUUAUAUCCAUACACUGAAAACAAUCACUAUUAUAUGGAUGUUAACGAAGCACAAACAUGUUAUUUAAAACGAAAGUUAUCAGAAUCGGAUGAUCAAGAAGAUGAAUUAAGCAGUGAAGAAAGUGAAGAUGAUUUGGAUGAAAAUGAGGAAGAUAGUGACGAAGACAAUAAUCAACAACACUCACAUUCUCAUAAUCAUCAAGACAUUUCUGAUAUAUACGAUAGUAAUAGUUGUUAUCAACCAUACAGUGCAUCAGUAUCAAAAUUAAAUUUAUUCAACAGAUGCUCUACAAUCACAACGAGACGCCAUAGUGAUACAAUAGUGGCAGCAUCAAAAGCAGUUUCAUCCACUACUACUCCAAUAGUAAAACGUCGUUAUACUUAUUCAACAAUGCAUGAUGAUGAACAAAAACGUACAGUAUUAUUAGAAUCUUACCGUAAAUUACGUGGUAUUAAAAAACCUAAACUCCAUGUAUCACUAAUGAUCUGUAAUUUGAUAAAGUGUCUAGAAAAAACGUUCAAAACACCUUCAUCAUCAACAACAACCACCAGUAUGUCGCAUAGUUGUAGUAAUACCAGUUUGACUACUACAACAACAGCAUUAUCAACAAAUACUUAUCCGAUGAGAACACCGCCACAACAUUAUGGUUUAACAUCGACACAUGAUCAACAGUAUUCUUCUUCACAUCUCCAUCAUUCGAGAACAUCGUUUCGUAGUUCAUCUUCGGACAGUAUAUCACCUCAGUUAUUAGAUUUCAAUGAUAUUAUGUAUAGUUCAUCUUCGAAUGUCACGUCAAAUAGUUUAAUAAACGAUUCAAUCAGUGAUAUUAUUGAUAAUAAUAAUUGUCCGUAUACUAGUGAAACAAAAACUCAUUUGAAUGAUUAUAUCAAUGAAACAUACACACCAUUUCAUCAUCAUUAUUCAUAUUCACCUCCGUUAAUAUCUUCUACACAAUAUUGUGCUGUUUCUUCAUCGGCAUCUUCUCUACCACCACAACUACAGCAAUCAAUAACAAUAGCUCCGUCGAUUAUCACAUCGACACCGAAUGCCAAAGAUAUACUAUUAUCCACCUAUUAUGAUGUUGUUCCACCUAUUCUUGUCACAGAAAAUACAAACAGUAAUUGCGAAUUAAAUGACAAUACCGGUGUAUCAUCAACUAUUUGCUCAUCUACAUCUUGUGUAACAUCACAUUAUAAUACGGAUACAUUUUGGACAACUUUAGAUUCGCUACAACAAUCAAAUUUUGCUAUACCAGCAUCAAUUGUCUCCGAAGAUGAAUUAAUAGCACCACAUGGCGGAGGUGAAUACAUUGAUAUUAGUGGAAAUACAUUGUCAGCUUAUACAUUUUGUCAUACUUCACAAACAAACACCGAUUCAUUACCAGACACAAAUUCUUCGGUACAAUCAACAAUUUCUACAACGACAAAUUCAUCUGAUCGUUGUUGUAAUGAAAAGAAUAGAACGAUCAUUGAUGAAGAUUCUCCUUGUAUAUUUACUACUAAUAACAAUAGUUUACAAUCAUCUGAUUUAUGUACCAUUUUAUCAUCAUCGAAUACAAAUGAACUUGAUAUGAAUAAUAAUGAAACAUUUUCCUCAUUAACAAAUGUUGCAAAUAUGAUUCAUGAUGAUCUAUCGUCGUCAUCGUCUUGUAUUAUCAUAGAUCCUGAUAACAAUGAUUCACUGAUAGCUAACAAUAACAUUUCCUUUUAUCAACAAGUAACAACUAGCGCAUGUUCGUAUAGUCCAUCGUCAUCGUCUUCCUCGACUGACUAUACUUCAUCUCCAACGUAUUAUCAUACAAUAAUGAAUUAUAAUUUACAUGAAUCAUCAAGAACUAAUAAUGGAAUUAUAACAACGGCUUAA